CCCCCCAAAAAAAAAAGAAGAAGAAGAAGCAAAGAAAAAAGAGGGAGUGGUUCGGAGUACACAGUCGGGUGACUGUAUGGAUUUUACAGAUUAAUUUGCGGGAUUUUAAUCGGACUAUUUAUUUAUUUUUUCUAUGGAAAUUUGACUUGCGUGGCAUCAUAUGCGGGAGCGCCUUCUUUACGUUUCAAGGCGCUAGAAUUCCCAAACAGUGCAUUUUCGGCGAAAGAAAAGGAAGACGGGAAAAAAAAAAAAACUACUGAAUUUCCGAAAAAAACAUGGAGACAAGGAGGAGAAGGAGCGGACUAAAGUGACUAAAACCCAAGUUUAGAGCUUCGGAAUACGGCGGAAACCCCCCCUCCUCCCCCCCGAAUUGUUUAGUGUGUUAUUCGGUGGGAGAUGUUUCGGUGUUUAAGUAACAUUUUGUAACCGUGUCUCUUUUUUUUUUCCUUCCAUCCCCCCACAAAGUCGUAUUUGUAGGUACAUUUCUGCAUUCUCGCGUCUCCAAAGUCGCCGCGUUUGACAUUAAAGCCUUCAAAAGUUCAUGGGAGAAAGAAAGCGGGGAAAAACAGGAAAGUGAAAUGUCUGAAUUUGUAGCUUCUUUAGACCGAGUUACAAUGGAACCUUUGGCACGGCGGAUGUUUUGAAUCCGCAAAUGAUCCUCCAGAGCGACAAGGAAUACAAACCCGACAGCGGAGGAAAAGUGCCAUGCUGUUCAACUAAACCAAGCCGAGGCCUGAACCAGACCGAGGAAACAACUUUUAUACAGGGGUUCAUUUGAUUUUUUAUUUAUUUCCUAAAAGAUAGUCCCCCCCCCACCCCCGCGUUCACGCUGAUGACACGACACUUUGUUUUCUUUUCCCACAACGUGAAGUGAGCCUGGAGGACGACAUUACCCGGGGAAACAACACGCUGUCGGGGGCUACAGGGUAAACAUAUCAGACGGUUAUUUGGACACUUUAAAAAAAAACAAAACAACCAACAACAACACGGUUUAAUGGAUGAAAACAAACCAAAUAGUAGUUUUUCCAAGCUUGGACUCGACCUUAAACAGGGACUCGUGUAAUACUGAGGCUUUUGCUUGAAGGGGGAAUCAGAUUAUGCUCCAUUUGUUAAAAACAUUCACAAUUUUGUACUGUUUCCAACCAGUUAAAGCUUCUAGAGGACUUCUGGAGGUUUUUUUUCCUCACAAGUUUGCGAUUUAAGUGCAAAUGACACACUCCACGAGUCUACCACAGAUCCUCGGUGGAGUCGCCUCAUGUACAUUUAAGUUAGCUUAGCAUAAUUUUUUCCAUUCGCCGUUCGUCACAGACUUUUUUUUUUUUUGCCCCCUCACACUCCCCCCCCCCUCUUUUUUGUGGAUAAUAAAUACCCUUCAAAGUUCAUCUUUUGGAUCACACACGAGUGUUUUACCUUGGUAAAAUGCUAGUUGGAUAAAAGCUGAAGAGAGAGGAAAGGAAAAAAAAGCAAGAAACGGAAGCCCAAUGAGUGGCUCACAGUCCACGAUAGCUGACAGGUUUCCCAAAAAACCAACCAGACCAGGAAGCAUUCUCAACAAGGACCACCCCCCAGACAAGAAGCCCAAGAGUGAGAAGGUGUCAGUGCCUCCUACACAUGACUUUGACCCCACAGAGCUGCCCGUGCACAGUGUAGAGCGACGGCCCGAGUCGUGUGGGCUUGUUCAGCGGUGCGUGAUCAUCCAGAAAGACGAGAAUGGCUUCGGGUUGACCGUGAGCGGAGACAACCCAGUAUUUGUCCAGCUGGUUAAAGAAGAUGGAGCUGCUAUGCGAGCUGGCGUUCAGACGGGUGAUAGAAUAAUCAAGGUCAACGGGACGUUAGUAACGCAUUCCAAUCAUGUAGAAGUGGUGGAGUUAAUAAAAUCGGGCUCAUACGUGGCUCUGACGGUGUUGGGGAGACCCCCGGGUCUGCCACAGAUCCCCUUAUCCGAGGGAGAGGGAGAUGGAGACCCUCUCUCCUCCCUCAGCUCCCCUCACUCCCCCGGCCCCACUGUAGCCGAGCGCUCAUCCUCUUCCUCCACCUCUCCCUCCGACCGCAUCACCUCCCCACUGCCUGCAUGGGCUAUGAAGGAGGAGUACGGCAGAAACCCUACAGCGAGACUACUGAAGGACAUCCAGGAAGCUCAGAAGCACAUUCCUCUGCUUCAGGGCCAACUCGGUAAAGCCACCACGGCUGGACAGGAUGGCCUGCUUUCUCGAAGACCGGGAGAAGGAGACUCCGAGGAAGGAGGAGGGUUAGGAGACGUGGACGCCUCUCCGUCCUGGCACUUUGACUCCGAGUCACCCGUGAACAGCAACUCGACGCCGGUCACGCCCAGUAUGAUCCCAGAAAGCCCGUACCAAAGAGACACACCAUGCCACAGCCCAAAGCCGAUGCCGCGCUUCAGCCUCAACUCGUGCCCGUCUCCCGAUGGCGAGGACGCGGUCGACCUGGACUCGAGCUAUCAGUGCAGCGCGGGGAGCCCGUUGUCCCGUCUGCCGCCUCCCAUCAUCGGAGCGGAGGACGAUGACUUCGACACCGAGCAGGAGCAGGUGAACGGUCAGUGUAGCUGUUUUCAGACCAUGGAGCUGUUGAAGUCUCGGCCUGCUCACCUCGCAGUCUUCCUGCAUCACGUGGUCUCUCAGUUUGACCCUGCACCUCUGCUGUGCUACCUCUACGCCGAGCUGUACAAGCAGAGCAACCCCAAAGAGACGCGGCGGAUAUACGGGGAACUCCACUCCACGUUCAUGGACCGAUCGGCGCAACUGAAAGUAGCGGUGCCGGACUCCAUCUCGGCCGACAUGGAACGAUGGAAGCCAGACUUAAUUCCAGAGGACGUCCAAAGACAGCAUGUGCAGCAUCUACAGGACACCUUCCUACCUGACAUCCAGAAACAUCUGGAAGACUUCAGACAGAAGCGCAGUAUGGGCCUGACUCUGGCCGAAGCCGAGCUCAGCCGGCUCGACUCGGAGCGCGUGCGAGACCGCGCGGCCCUGGAGAAAGAGCGCUCGUGCUCGGAGCAUAUCAUCACCAGGAUCAACGAAGUCUUGUUGACGACAUCAGCCACAGAGGAGGAGAAGUGUACCGCCAUGCAGUUCGUCAUCCAGGCCUAUAUGAAGCACCUCGGGGUGAAGGUGAAGGAAUCUCGAGGGUUUGAGCCCAAACCCAAGCUAAUAAACCUUCUCCCUAAAAUCAAGAAGACGAUAAAACCAGAGAAGGAUGGAGGUGUGGAGGUGCUGAAAAAGUCCCGCUUCCAGAUCAUGCGCAGCCACAACAAGAGGCCCAGCCGAACCGACGUCUCCUCGAUUACCAAGGCUCUGGAGCAGAAUAAGCAGCGUACACAAAAGCAGCUGUCGCAGAAUGCUCUAGCGCCGACCGAACAGCCUGAAGCACCUUCAGCCGGCCGGAUACGGAGCAGUCAGUCCAGUGACGGGCCAGACGGCAGCCCAGGAUCCAUCAACUCGCCUACUUUCAGUGCGUCCCCUGUACAGAGCUCUGACAGCACAGCUAGAGAGUUAGAGCCAGGCGCUACUCCCUUGUCAGCAUUACCCAGACUCGGAGAGGUCGGUCCUCAGGCUGAAGGACAGGACUCGUCUUCCUCAGGCACGCACUUUGACUUCACCUAUCCUCCGGACCAUCUUCAAGAGGAGGAGCCAGAAACAGACAGGAAUCCUGACGGAGGGACGCCGCGGCCAAUCAGGAGAAUGGAGCCGUUGUGCACAGGAGAGGUGCAGAGUGAGGACGAUCAGGCGUUUGAGGUGGAGCCAGAGCAGGACCCUCCUCACUGGCAGACGCUGGUGAGCACAGAAGUCCUCGCACUGCUGUCGCCGCACGAGAUCAAGAGACAGGAAGUGAUCAAUGAGUUGUUCUACACGGAGCGCGCUCACCUGCGCAUGCUGAAGGUGCUGGAUAACGUGUUCUACCAGAGGAUGACCCGCGAGAGCAUUCUGCCCCCCGCGGACAUCAAAAACAUCUUCACCAACCUGGAGGAGAUCGUCCAGCUACACGUGUCUAUAACCGAGCAAAUGACGGCCAUUCGGAAGAAGUACGAGACGGCGGUCGUGGACCUCAUAGGAGACGAUUUGCUGUCCUGGUUCAGCGGAACAGAAGAGGAGAAGAUCAAGCGGGCAGUAGGAACCUUCUGCAGUAACCAGCCUUUUGCUCUGGAGCUUAUAAAGAGCAGGCAGAAGAAGGAUCAGCGAUUUGCUGCCUUUGUGCAGGAGGCGGAGAGUAAUCGUCAGUGUCGAAGGCUCCAGCUGAAGGACAUGAUUCCUGUGGAGAUGCAGCGACUCACUAAAUACCCACUUCUGCUCGAAAACAUUGCGAAAUACACUGACGACACCGAGGAGAAAAGCAAAGUGAAGCGAGCCUGCGAAUGCUGCCGUCAGAUCCUCAACCACGUCAACCAGGAAGUAAAAGAGGCUGAAAACAAACAGAGGUUAGAGGACUACCAAAGAAGACUGGAUCUCUCGUCACUGAAGCAGAGCGAGUACCCCAUGAUUGCAGAGUUUAAGAACCUCAACUUGACCAAACGGAAAAUGGUGCAUGAGGGACCCCUGUCUUGGAAAGUGAAUAAAGACAAGACUAUUGAGCUCUACACACUCCUGCUAGAAGACAUCUUGGUGCUGCUGCAGAGGCAGGAUGAGAAGCUUAUCCUGAAGUGCCACAGUAAGAAUCUGGCAGGCACGGCCGAGACCAAACACAUCUUCAGUCCAAUCAUCAAGCUCAGCACCGUGCUGGUGCGCUCUGUAGCAACAGACAACAAAUCGUUCUUCGUUGUGUCCAUGUCCGAUUACGGCGCGCAGAUCUACGAGCUGAUGGCGCAGACCGUGUCUGAGCAGAAGACGUGGCACGAUCUCAUCGGGCAAAGAGCAGACAGUAUGAAGAGCCUGCCUCAGAACGAUGGGGAGCGGGAAGCUGACGACGAGAUGAACUCUGGCAUGCCGAAAAUGAGCAAAGAUCCAGAUCGCAUCUCUACUGGAAGCGUCCAGUCUCCAGAAAAAGAUGCUACUUCCUCAACUGAGAUCAUGCAGAUUCCUCCAGCAGGAAGCAACCCAUUUGACACCAAGUCAGAAGAUGAGGAGGAGGCAGAAGGUGAGCAUUUGCCGCAAGUUCAGGAUGAAGUUCAGGAUGAAGUUCAGGAUGAAGUUCAGGAUGAAGCGGAGGAGGACGAGGAAGAGGCCUUCCUAGACCCCGAGCUCGCAGACAGACUUCCGUUCUUGAAGCAGCGCUCGAGGCACGCCAUCGCUGUAGAGGAGAAGGACUUGGAUACCUUUGACCUGCCUCCACUGAUGGCAGACGAGGCGCUUCGAACCCUGGCUGCUCUGCGGCAGCUCCUGAUCAAUCACAUGGACGGUCAGGAGGAUGUGGACAGGGACAGAGAGAGGGGGGAGGCUCGGCUGCGUGAGCUGAAGGCAGGGUCUCUGCAGGGCUCGGAGGAAAACGCUGCCCCUGGUGGAUCAGUGGAGAACGGUGCAGAGAGGACCGAGACCGCACACGUCAAGUCAGAGAACCGUCUCGAGUUGCCCUCAGGAGAUACAGGCUUCUUUGAAACCUCCGAGGACUUUGGCAGUUACAUGGUGCUGGAGGGUUACGGCGGUUCGGGUGAGAGCAGCACUGAUGACGACGGGCAGGUCUGCAGCACCGAGCCUGCGGCAGCAGGGGACUCUGGCAUUGACCUGAAGAAGCUCCUGUCUUCCGUUUCCUCUCAGAGCAGAGGCCCCAACUUCAGCAGACAGAUCAUGACCCACUUGCGCCUGCUUCAGGCCAACCUGCAGCAUCUGAAGGAUGUAGAAUCAAAAUAUAACCAACUAUGCCAAAGGCACUCAGAGCAAGCGGCUACUGAAUCAGAAGAAAACAAAGAUAAAAGCUAGUGUUCCUGGAGCUGUGGUUUCCUGCUGGAAGUAGAAGAGAUACAGCGUCGUCAGGAAGGUGUGCUGCGGUCCUGCUGCUCCCUGCUCAACUCUUGCGCAUCUUCACCGCCUCUCGUUGGUGGCAACGAAUGUCCGAGACCCCAAACCUCACAUGCGCAGUACAGGAAAAAACAAAA